UAAUACAAUCAACAUUGGCUCACCAUAGCCAAUCAACACUCCAAUUGAAACACCUUCUCACCCCCUAUCCUUUCCCUAUCUGCUCAUAUUAUUAUCAUCCACACACUCCAAAUUGGCAAUUUCUCCUCCAUCAUCUCCACUUUCCAUCAGUUUUAGGUGAGCGAUCAAUGGCUUCGACAUCGCUAUCUCCGGCGAUAGCAGUUACCGGAACCAGCUUCAGGCCUUCCCGGAGAACUGCCAAAGUGAAUCACAUUACCGGAUUGAACUCAUUUGUAGGGCUCAAGGCGCAGAACCAGGUGACCAGGCUUGGCCUCCCCGUCAGCGCAGAGGAGUCUUUCGCGAAGAUUGUUGGAGCUUUGAGAGAGCCGUCGCGGAGCGGAGGGAGAUGCGGUGGAGCUCUGUCUUCUACCUGCAGCGCCACCGCUGAGAUUUUCAAGAUCGGGGCCAUAAUCCCGGGACUUGUUCUGAUCGGGGUUGCCGUCGGCUUCGCCCUCCUCCGCGUCGAGGCUUUCAUAGAGGAAUCUGAGUGAUGAGAUGGUUCGAUCAUUGUAUGCUUCUAAUUAAUCAAAGAUUACCGCCUUCUACUCCAUCAAUUAUAUAUAUUCGAAUGCUUAAUUUUGCAUCUGUCAUUUAGCUUAACUACUGCUCGUACUUGUGUAUUUUCGGUUCUCCCAAUUCCAGUCAGUCUGUUGUUGAGUUGUUGCUUUGGUGAUAGCAAGAGCUGGACUCUGGAAUGGCUCUCAAUCCGAAGUCCUUGAAAUGUUUUGCUGUCAUUAUGGUAAUUUUUGUACACUUUGUAUACACUUGUUUCUUUAGAUACAUAAUAACUUGUGUGAAUACAACAAGUGUACAAAACCACUUUUUUCUUUUGAUAUAUGCCUCUUUUGCUUGUGUGGUCCAA